AUGAAUGGAACGAGUAGUAACAAUACAGAUGAAUCUUUACCUCAACCUGGCACGUCAAGCCAACAAUCUCAGGCUGUAGCAUCUUUAGACAGUUUAAGACGUCCAGAAAAUGUUGAUCAGGAAACUAUACAAGGUAAUUCAAUUAUUUUAUGUUAUUUUAUGGUUUUAGGUACAAAUUAGAGGUAUACGUUAAGGCAAAAAAACUUUUUUGAACUUUAAAGUUGUCGGACUUGAAGGUUAUGAUGCAGAAUAGUUGUAAAAGUCUAUAGAGCUUGUGUUAAUAUAGAUUUAAGCUAAAUAUAUUGUUUUAGACAUUAGUAAUAUUGUCUUUUGCAGAAUUUCUCAUACAUAUCCACGGGUUUUUAAAGUCAACGGGUUUAUCGAAUGUUGCCGAUGCUUUGGGGGACGAAUUGAAUAAACGGCAGUUUGUACCACCUCGAAUAGGGUUUGAUGGAUCUGAACACACUCAAUCUUUAACACAAUUUGUAAGUAUUUUUUAUCUUUUUAUUGGAAUUUAGGUAUCAACUAUGUACUUAAAGUUUUUAGUUUGUUAAAGUUUUCCUUUGUUACUAUAUUAUCGAAAUUUUAGUUAUCAAUCGCCCAGCCUUACUCAACAAACCUCUUGGAGCUCUUCUCACGGACAAAGGAACUAACUAACUCAACAUUACCUCAAACACUUCAUAAUUCAAAAGUCAGACUGUUUACGACAAAACGGACAAAUCUGGCUAGAAGGAAUGACUUAAAUCAACAUUUUACCUAUUCUUUGCUUAAUAUGGUACGACCAAAACCAAAACAAUUUCAAAAUACUCAAUAUAUGAAUAUUCUGAAUGCCAGAGAGAUGGGGCUUAAGGUUGGACAGCGAAUAUUGAUGCCUAAAACAACAUGGGGAAGAUUGCAAGAGCACGGGAAGUUUUUGGGACAUUUGAGUCAAGUCUUUUGUGUUUGUUUCGAUAGAACUGGGCGAUAUGUUGUCACGGUAAGAUUUUUAGGUAACAUUUUUUUAAAAUUUAGGUUUUUGAGACAAAUAUUGAAGCAGCUAUUAUAAUAUAAGAAUGCUCAGUACAUCUUUGGGUUUCACUCUAUUUUAUGGCAUCUUUAGGGUGGAGAUGACAAGCUAAUCAAAGUUUGGGACACAGUAACUGGCCUAUUGAGAUAUACCUUUAGAGGUCAUGAAGGAGAGAUUGCAGAUUUGUCUAUAAAUUUGGAGAACACAUGUUUAGCUAGUGGAUCUACUGAUAAAACAGUAAGGGUAUGGAGCUUGACAAAUGGUCAACCGUUGAUGAUAUUCAAGAAUCACAAGGCACUGAUAAUGGCAAUUCAUUUCUUGCCAUUUUAUGAAGGAAACAUCAGAUGGCUGGUGUCUUCCAGCUCGGAUUGCAAAGUCGUCUUCUAUCGGUAUGAUGCUGAUAACCUUGUCUUUGAGUAAGUUAUGUUAUGUUUGAGCUUGAUAUUAGGUUGUUCAAAAAACUUUUGAGCUUCUUUCAAAGCUAAUUUCCGGGGGGCAGGUGGCUCAGAAUUUUUUGAACAUUUAAAUUGUGACAUAAAUUUUUAACACUUGUUGUUUUUAAGUGAACUAGCUGUUAAAAAAUACUUACUAAUAUUGAAAACCUUAUUUUAGAAGCACCCCAUAUGAGUUUGAAGAACGUGCGAUGUCUGGAGCCAAAAUGGUAGCCGCAUCUUACUCAUCAGGAGGCAACUUUGUCAUCACUGGUGGAACAGAAAAGCUGGUUUAUAUCUACAAGUUGUCCUAUCAUAAAGUCGACAGAGUCUAUGAGUUUAUGAUUCAUAAUGUAAGUUUAUAUAUUAGUUUUGUUUAAGGUUAUACAGAAUUUGGCAAUUUUUGGGUUUGCACGGUGCAAAGAAAUUAAAUAGACUGCACUGUGCAGACUCAAAUUAACUGCACCGUGCAGACUUAAAGAAACUGCGUCGUUCAGACUUUAAAUUGUUUAAAUUGGGCUUUUUAUAGGAGACCAAUGAUUUUUUUCGAAGUUUUAGAUAUGAAAAUUAUAAAACUCGGUUUGUUUUAAAAUUUUAUUCACUUUAGGACAAAAUUGAAAGCUUGGUAUGGGCCAACAACAACUUUUGGUUUGCCAGCGGCUCAAAAGACGGAACUGCCAAAAUAUGGUCGUUACAAUCAAACGAAUGGCAUUCAACUGAUCUGGUGCUACCUAAAAAUAUGUGAGUUUGUAAAAUACGUUCAGUUGUCUUGGUGUCUAUAUUUUUUGAUGUUUAGGUAAUAAAAAUGUUGAACAUUGUAAUUUCGGAACAAAAGAAUUUGUUUUUAAUUCCGUAUUUUACAAAAAAAAAUAAAUUUCAGCGAAGAAUCAGCAGCCCAAUCAAGUCAAAACGCCUCUCAAAACCCGACAAAUCAAGCCAAAAAAGCCUUCAAACUCAACAUGUUAUGCUGGUCUUCGGACGAUACAAAAGUCAUCAGUAUUGGCAAUGAUUUCUUUCUACGAGUAUCAGAUGCACGAACUGGAGAACUGUUGAAGCGAUUGGAAGGACAUACUCAAAAUGCAUAUGUCAUUAAGAGUCACCCUGUUUACAAUGAAGUCAUCGUAUCUGCUGGGCAUGAUGGACAAAUUUGUGUAGGUUUGGAGGGGGGGUGGGGGGUGAUAUCGAUUUUUUAA